AACAAAUCGCCAGCGCGCAUCCGCGUGCAACUGCACACCCCACCGCACAGCCCACGCCCCGCGUCGCCAUGCUGUACCUCGUGGGCCUCGGCCUCGCCGACGAACGGGACAUCACGGUCAAGGGCCUGGAAAUCGUCAAGAAGGCGGCGCGCGUCUACCUCGAAGCCUACACGGCGGUCCUGCUCGUCGACAAGGACGUGCUGGAAGCGUUCUAUGGCCGCCAAGUCAUCGUUGCCGACCGCGAGAUGGUCGAGUCGUCCAGCGACGACAUCCUCCGCGAUGCAGACAAAGUCGAUGUCGCAUUCCUCGUCGUGGGCGAUCCGUUCGGAGCAACGACACACACCGACCUCGUCCUCCGCGCCCGCGAGCUCUCCAUCCCUACGCGCUCCAUCCCCAACGCCAGCAUCCUCACCUCCAUCGGCACCACCGGCCUCCAGCUCUACAACUUUGGCCAGACCGUUUCCAUGGUCUUCUUCCUCGACAACUGGAAGCCCGCCUCCUUCUACGACCGUAUCCGCGAGAACGUCUCCGUCGGCCUGCACACCCUUGUCCUGCUCGACAUCAAGGUCAAGGAGCAGUCGCUCGAGAACAUGGCCCGCGGCCGCAAGAUCUACGAGCCGCCGCGCUACAUGACCGUCGCUCAGUGCGCCCAGCAAAUGCUCGAGAUUGAAGAGGAUGUAAAGAAGGAGGGCGUGUAUUCGAGGGAGAGUCUGGCUGUGGGCGUCGCCAGGGUGGGCGCAGAGGACGAGAAGAUUGUAGCCGGCACGCUAGGCGAGCUGUGCGAUGCCGACUUGGGAAGGCCUUUACAUAGUCUCGUCUUGCUGGGACGCAGGACCCAUGAUCUGGAGAGGGAUUUCUUGGUCGAGUUCGCUGUGGACAAGGAGACGUUUGCACGCGUCUGGAAAAGCGAUUAUGAGGGCAAGCAAUGAGCGCGUCCGGUUUGCCUUUUCCAUCUUCACGGGGCCCGUAGAAUAACAAGUAGAAGCCAAGUACAGUUGCGCUCGUACUGCGUCUUUGCCUUGAAUAUGUGGUACUUGUAUCGUUCAAGCGCAAUAGGCAGACACCAAGGCAAUCCUUGUAUACCUGUCAUCCUCUCACGGGUUCUCGAGUAACGCUUUCCCUCGAGGAGUUCCCUUCGUGACUGCAU